GGGGAAGCAGGUUUAGGACCGAUCCGUUGUCGGCAAGAUGGCUCGUACCAAGCAGACGGCCCGUAAAUCCACCGGAGGGAAGGCCCCCAGGAAGCAGCUGGCCACCAAGGCGGCGAGGAAGAGCGCGCCCUCUACCGGAGGGGUGAAGAAGCCUCACCGUUACAGGCCGGGUACCGUGGCUCUCCGUGAAAUCAGGCGUUACCAGAAGUCCACUGAGUUGCUGAUUCGCAAGCUUCCCUUCCAGCGUCUGGUUCGUGAAAUCGCUCAGGACUUCAAAACAGAUUUGCGCUUUCAGAGCGCUGCUAUUGGUGCUUUGCAGGAGGCCAGCGAAGCCUACCUGGUGGGACUGUUCGAGGACACCAACUUGUGUGCUAUCCACGCCAAACGCGUCACAAUUAUGCCAAAAGACAUCCAGCUAGCACGCCGCAUCCGCGGAGAGCGUGCUUAAAAUAAAAUAAAAAUAAUUCCUAUCUCAAGAUAAACAUUGUCAUCUUCAAACCCGAAAA